AUGGCCGUGGUCUGCACCCUGGGCGAUCCACACAUCGUCGCCAUACACGGCGGCUUCGUCCGGCCGCGGCUGGGCGUGGUGACGGACCACACGCCGCUGGGCUCGCUCCAUGAGCUGCUCCACAACCGCGACCUCGUCGCAAACGACAUCCCGCCGGCCUCGGCAUGCACUUCCUCCACUCUCGCCCACGGCGACCUCCGCUCGGCCAACCUCCUGCUUGACCCCGCCGGCAACGUCAAGGUCGGCCGCUUCGGCUUCGCCGGCCCUCACCACCACCGCGGCCUGGUCGGCUGCGUGCCCUACUUGGCCCCCGAGGUGCUGACGGCAGGCGAUGGCGACGAUGGCGACGAAGUGGUGUUGGAGGCGCUGGCCGACGUGUACGAGUUCGGGGUGACACCGGCCGCGAUCGCCCUGCGCGCCACCCGCGACAACCUGCGCCCCGACUCGGCCGCAGCCGAAGCCGGCGCUGAUCAGGCGUUCGGGGCGGCCUAUCGGAAGCUUCUCGACUACUGCUGGCACCGGGACCCGCUCGUUCGGCUGACCUUCGGCGAAGUGAGCGCCAGCCUCGCGGUCAUGCCCCACGCCACCACCGACACAGGCUCGAGCGGCUCGGGUUCGCCCGAAGAUGAUGCCGACGAGGAGCCGGGCGGCGACACGGAUUCCACCAACGACCUGCAGGACGAGGACAACAACCUCGCCUUCCCGCACGUGGGCCCGACGGAGGUGGUCUCCUCCGAGAGCACGGCCCUCCUCCAGUACACACGAACGCGCACGUCGGUCUACUAG